AUGAAGAAUGUGGAAAACAAAAUUUUCCAUUCGUCUAAAGAAUCUUCGGAAACAUCGACAGAAUCAUCUUACUCUCUGCCGGCCCAGGCUGUACCUCUUUUGAAAGGUACUCAACAUCGUAUGAACCAAGCAGGCACAAUCGAUGGUGCACAAUCAGAUAGACAAGUUGAUUACUACAUCACGCGGCGAGAUGUUUCGACUUCAUCUCAUGACUGGUGCGAUAUUCUCGUGAUUGGAGAGUUAACAAAGUCCUCACCAGAUGAAUUUAUGCGAAAGUAUCUACAGCUUUCUGCGCUAAUGCGGGAAGUGUUUUUCGCACAGCCACUUCGACAGUUUGUGCACGGGUUUAUCCUCUUUGACAAGUCUCUUCUGCUCUGGGUAUACGAUCGAUCAGGGUCGUACUGUAGUUCACUUAUCGACAUUGGCCAAUCACCGCAGACGCUUGUGUAUGUGAUGGCAGCGUACAUGUCAAUGAGCGAUGCAGAACUUGGGAUUGACCCAAACAUUAAGUACGAAGCCCAUCAAACUACGGUUACGCUAGAUGUUCCGGGACCAGAGAAGACGCGCGAGCUUAGACUUUUUCUAGAACCAGUGGCACAGCCGACGACACUUGUGACCAGGGGAACCAGCUGUUACCGGGAUCUAGAUGGGGGGUAUAUAGUGAAGUUCUCUUGGAGAAUUGAAAGACGUGGAUGGCGCGACUCAGUAAAAAAUAGCCGACUUCGAGAAGGGCUGAUAUUCACUCAGACAAUGGUGAAAGAUACGCGUCCAAAUGACAAAGCCAUGGCCACUCCACUUGAGUUCACUGAUGGUUUUAUGUCAGAUCAAAAGAAAAGCACCAGCAAGACCACGAAGCGUAAGAUAAGGGGCGAGGUGAAAGAAGCCGGGACUGAAUAUGGACGGUCGAGUAAAAGGGCAAGAUCCUCAGCUGGAUCAUCAGUCAUGGCAGAAAGAGUCACGGAAAAUAGACCAUCUGUAUCGUUGAAUGUCAUCAUCGAAGAAUAUGUGUCUUGUGUUCCAGGCGAUAAAAGCACAAACAUUGCCGAAAUCUCUAUUGGAGGAGAUAGGCAGUCUACUGGGGAGAAACGGAAGAACGUGGAGAGCGACGAAGUCAACGGUCGGAUCAAGAGGCUUAAACUUUCAAGCAAUGAAGACAAUGGACCAACUAACAACCAUUCCGGCACCAGCAACCUUCCCGACAUAGAAAAAGUCAUUGGAAUCUCGCCCUUCACUUUCGGAAGUGACCAUUUGAAUGUCACACACGAUAUUAUUGGGCCCGAACUCAAGGUCAAGGUCAGGGUUGCAGGGAUCCGAGAUCGUCAGUCAUCGGGCUGCGUGAGGCAAUCAAGGCGCAUAGGUCACUACUCAAAGAUGCCAUGA